AUAAUGUAUAGCUGUGUCUUAGUGUUACUUUUUUAAAGCCCCUCAAUUCAUACAGUAUUUUCAUCCAAACUUUUCCCCUGAAAACCAAUUUAAACAAAUUUGGACUCAUGCUUUUCCUUUGCGCUUGUUCCAUUAGGUUACAAAACAUCCAUGCAGUCAUAAUAAUUGAAUUAUGUUUAAUUGAUGAGCUGAACAUGAAACUAGCCCUCUGACAGUUACAGUACCAGAGCCAACACUAAACAUGCUGUAUACAUUUUACAUCUGAAUAAUCAGAGUCGUUCUCCCAUUAUAUAUUGUCCAGAUGACAAGUUUAGAACCAUUAACGGACUGCACCAUGAAUAGGAAUAGCCAAUACCCCAAGAAAACUACCUCAAUGGCUGACUUUACCUUUGAUGCUUUUGAGGUCAUAUCAUAGCUGAGCAACUUGUGGGACUGGAAUUUCUGUGGUGAACAAUUAAAAGCUAUCAAUAACAGAAUGUGUGGUCGGGAGAAACAGAAGAAAUGUAUUCCCAUGAAGCAUCUGAAUUAUUCAAGAGAGAAGGGCUGUUGGGAGGAGAGUUCUGAUGCAGCUGCUGGGAAAACAGAUGGACAAAGUGCAGGGAAGCAAAUGUAUGGCUAACAAGAAUAGCACCCUGCGUUGCACGUUCUCAGCCCCAAGCCACAGCGCUACACUCCUGCAGGGCUUGUCAGUCCUGCGAGCCCAGGGGCACCUGCUGGAUGUGGUGCUGGCGAUCAACGAGGAGCGCUUCCAGGUCCAUAAGGCGGUGCUGGCCUCCUGCAGUGACUACUUCAGAGCCAUGUUCACCGGAGGUAUGAGGGAGUCAAACCAGGACACCAUUGAGCUGAAGGGCUUGUCUGCCCGUGGUCUUAAACACAUCAUUGACUUUGCUUAUAGCGCAGAGGUCACGCUGGACCUGGACUGCAUUCAGGAUGUACUGGGAGCAGCUGUCUUCCUUCAGAUGGUCCCAGUCGUCGAGCUCUGCGAGGAGUUCCUCAAGUCAGCCAUGAGUGUAGAGACCUGCUUGAACAUUGGCCAAAUGGCCACCACCUUCAACCUGUCCUCACUCAAGGAGUCGGUGGACGCCUUCACCUUCCGCCACUUCCUGCAGAUCGCCAAGGAGGAGGACUUCUUGCACAUUCCCACGGAGCGCCUGGUCUUCUUCCUGCAGAGCAACAUGCUGAAAAACUGCUGCGAGAUCGACCUGUUCCACGCUGCCAUCCGCUGGCUGCAGCACGACGAGGGACGCCGAACCAGAGCUAACGAGGUGCUCUGCCAUGUGCGAUUCCCCCUCAUGCGCUCCUCCGAGCUGGUGGACAGCGUGCAGACGGUGGGCAUCAUGGUGGAGGAUGUGCUGUGCCGGCAAUACCUCCUGGAGGCCUUCAACUACCAGAUCCUCCCCUUCCGUCAGCAUGAGAUGCAGUCCCCGCGGACCAUGAUCCGCUCGGACGUGGUUUCGCUUAUUACCUUUGGCGGGACGCCCUACACCGACAACGAUCGCACGGUGAGCAGUAAGGUGUUCUAUCUGCCGGACGUUGCAGCGCGUCAGUUCAAGGAACUAACCGAGAUGGAGGCCGGAUCCAGCCACGCUUGCGUGUCAGUGCUCGACAACUUCGUGUACAUAGUCGGCGGGCAACAACUGCAGUACCGAAGCGGCGAAGGCGCGGUUGACGUCUGCUUUCGCUACGACCCGCACCUGAGCAAAUGGCUGCGCAUUCAGCCCAUGCAGGAGGGACGCAUUCAGUUUCAGCUCAAUGUCCUUCAAGGACAACUCUAUGCCACCGGAGGGCGAAACCGAUCCGGAAGUCUGUCCUCCGUCGAGUGCUACUGCCCCAAGAGAAACGAGUGGACCUACGUGGAGCCGCUAAAACGCAGAAUCUGGGGCCACGCCGGAAGUCCUUGUGGCGACAAGCUCUACAUCUCGGGGGGUUACGGUGUUUCCGUAGACGACAAGAAAACAAUGCACUGUUACGACCCCGCGUCUGACCAGUGGGACUUCAAAUCGCCCAUGAACGAGCCCAGAGUUCUUCAUGCUAUGAUCAGCGCCAAAGACCGUGUGUACUGCCUGGGCGGUCGCAUGGACCACGUCGACCGCUGCUUUGAUGUCCUGGCAGUCGAGUAUUACGUUCCUGAGAAUGACCAGUGGACCACUGUUAGCCCCAUGCGGGCAGGGCAAUCUGAGGCAGGCUGCUGUUUGUUAGAUCAAAAGAUUUAUAUAGUUGGAGGCUACAAUUGGCAUCUAAACAAUGUCACAAGCAUCGUGCAAGUGUACAACACUGAGGCCGAUGAGUGGGAACGGGAUUUGCACUUCCCUGAGUCUUUUGCAGGAAUUGCGUGUACACCGAUCAUACUUCCACAAAACACCACACAGCGGUAAACCUGCAGGACCCCAAGUGACCGUGACCAUUGGUUUCCAUGUGGUCUUGCUGCUUACUGUUACAGCUUACUGAGCUGUCAUUAAUAACAACACAGAGCAUCGCAUGAAAUGUCAUGCAAUCUCAGUGGUAAUCUUGGUUAUAUGAGGGCACAGGCUCUGUGUGUAUUUGAUGCAAUGGGUGGAAAUACUAAUAUGGUUUUGCUAUACUAUACAGUGUUACUAGGUCUUACUAAAUCUUCCAUCGUAUGGACCGCAAUUAUGUGCUGGAUCUUAAUUGAGCUGUGUCAGGUAUUUGCGUGAAGGCUAGGGCUAGUGUAUGUUUUGUAAGUGGCUGCUAUCACGGUUGGACAAACAUUUCAUUCCGGUAAAUUCAAGAAAGUACACUGACAUUCAAAUUCCAAAUUCCAGUGCUCUUCUAUACUGUGUAAAGAGGAACAAUUUGAAUUUCAGUGUGUACUUCGUGAACUGACCGGAACUCGAAGGGAAUUGAUCCCAACCCUGGCAGUUAGCCACAGUCAAAAACCUGUUAACUAACAGAUUUGCAGGAUAUGACAUAAUAUGCAAAUGCAGAAAGGGAGUGGUUAGCAUGUUGGGAUGGAGUGCAAUAAUUCAAAUCAUAAUUUUAACAGUUUUUCUAUUACAUUUAAUGACAUUUGACGGCAGAGUACUAGUGAUGUAAAAGGUACUUUUAAGAAUAUAUAUUUUCAGUAGCUCUCCUAAUGUUUUACGUUUAUUUUAGUAAAUUUUAUCUACUUUUACUCUGCAACGUAACCUGCUCUAUUUCAGUAUCAAGAGGCUGUAUUCCGAGGAACUAAAGGAGUGACAUGUAGCCCAAACUAAGAAGCUAAAAUGUCUCUCUUGGCAGCUAAAUACUUUUUUUUAAAAGUGUUUUGUGUGAAUAUUUGAGGUGAUCAGUGGUUAGUUCUCCUUGUGUAGGAAUGCUGUAGGUUUCCAGCUAGGGUUGGGAAGUAUCACGAUAUUCAUAUAGUUAUAUCACCUUUCUUCCAUCCGGAGGUUUACAGAAUUACCGGCAUUACAAAAGAAAAUGCACAAAUAAGCCCAUUGGAGUUCUAUUACCAAAAUGCAAACUAAUUGGGCUACUGUAAACAAACUGAUUGUAAAGACAGGCAGUCUAGCUCAUUGAGCUGUACAAGCAUAGGUAGGUGCCAGUGACCAGGGGUGUUGAUUUGGGAAGGACAGCAGGGUCAGUUCCCCCUGAAUAUAUGUACUGUACAGAUCAUUUAUCAGAAGGUCUUUUUGGAGUUGUCAAACAGUGCAGAAUCAUUCACAGUGGUUCUCCAUGUACUUAUUAAUUCAGCUACUUUCUUAGCUAACUAGCAAGUAAAAACAAAUGACUCAUCGCCAGCUGUGGAUUUCUUCCUUUGUGAUUUUCAAACAAAUAAAUACCAAAGGAAGAUAUAAUGGGACCAGGCUCAGCUGUGAUAGCUUAGAAUGUGAAAUUAAAAACAAUAUGCUUUAUUUAAUAUAUAUCACAAAUGUUGACUUCAGGUAUUUCAUUAAAGCACCUACAAAAAUCAAAGAGAACCUCAAAUAUUUACAACAGCUAUUAAAACAGGCUAUUUCGAAAUAUCCUGGGAUACAGUAUACCGACCAAGCCUACUUCCUACAUAUUAUUUGGUGUCAUACUGUGUAUAUCAAUAUACUGUGUAUUGCAGUGAAGUGUUAUGUCUCGUCCAACACCUGUAGUGUUUAGUGGUGAUAAACAAGUGGGGUUGAGUAGAUCCACAUACUGAAUUCACCGGUCCGUUAUUGCCACAGUUUUGAACCUCAGAGUUAUGAACAAGGGGCUGUAGGGUUAAGAUAAUCACUGGGUGCAAAGAACAGCACAUUAGACAAACUCGAGCAUUAAGUAUAUGUGAUUAUUUUAAGUGGUUACAUUUGCGUUUUCAUAAGGAGUUGAUUAUUUGUGAGACUGUAAAUACAGUAACUAACAAAUACUGAUUUGUUACUGUCUAUCACUCAAGUUACAGUAGCCGGGAGUCCGGAGGGCAGUUUGUAACGGUCCAUUUUAUUUGGAUGCACAACAUGUCCAUGGCUGAAAACGUCACCCGUUUGCCUUAGUGUUUUCGAUGUUUUGUCUGUUCAACUCAGAAGCACACAUUUACUGUAUUUAUAAUUUAAGUGCAUUAUAAGUGGAGUCCACUGAAAUCAAAGGAGAAUGUAGACUUUUGUGUAUAUUAACGAACAUUAAACAAUAAAUGAAAACA